AUGGAGGUGGCUCUUGAUCCAUGCCGCUCCGGAACAACGGCAGUGGCAGCAUCAACGCCCUCGCAGCAGCCCUCCGGCAGUGUGGAAGCAGAGCGGCUUUGGACGAGGGCAAGCGGCUCCAUGCGCAGCUGGUGGCCAGCAAUCAGGACUCGUCCACCUUUCUGGGCAACUUGCUCGUUCAAAUGUAUGGCAACUGCGGGUGCAUGGACGCGGCGGCAGCGGCCUUUCACAGUAUAUCGGUCCCUAACGUCUACUCCUUCUCCAUCCUCAUGUCUGCAUAUGCCCAGAAUGGGUAUGGCAGCGAGGCCGUGCUGGUGUUUCACAGGAUGGAGAUGGAGGGGAUUCGGGCCGAUCGUGUCGCUUACGUAUCCCUGCUGAAUGCCCUGUGCUUGUGCUCCUCCGGAAAGCAGCACGGCAUGCUGCUGGCCAGGGGGAAGCAAAUGGAGUCGAGGAUGACGGAGUCGGGCAUCUUGUCCACCACGCCGGUGCUGGGCAAUGCGCUCAUCACGCUCUACAGGCACUGCGGGAGCAUGGUGGAUGCCGAGGCCACCUUCGAGGCGAUGCAGCGGCGCGACACAAUCUCGUGGAACGCCAUGAUUGCGGCGUGGCUGGACCACGGGCAAGCCGCACAAGCCCUCCACCUCUACCAGGCACUCCUCCGGCAGCCCGACGUGAGGCCCGACGACACAACGUUCGCGAGCGUCUUGAGCGGCUGCUGCCACCAUCUCAGCACCGGGCGGUCCGUCCAUGCCGCGCUCCUGGCAGCACGGGGCGACGUGGCUGCCGACGUCUUCCUCUCCAAUUCCCUGGUGCAAAUGUACGCCCGCUGCGGCAGCGUCCUGGAGGCGAGGGCCGUGUUCGACGCCAUGCGGCAGCGCAACACCGUGUCGUGGAACAUCAUCAUCUGGGCGUACGCGGCACAGGGGCUGGGAGUGGAGGCGCUGUGCCUGUUGCAGCGCAUGGACUGCGAGCGCGACGUGGUCACGUUCAUCAACGCCCUGUCUGCUUGCGGCGCGGGCGGUGCGGCGCAGCUGGAGCAGGGGCGGCGGCUUCACGCGGACAUGGUUGCGCGCGGCCUCCUCGCCGCCAGUGUGUCCGCCACCAACGCCGUGCUGAGCAUGUACGCCAAGUGCGGGGACGUGGACGCGGCGGUGGAGGUGUUUGAGCGGUGCAGCUGCCCAGACCGCGUGAGCUGGAACGGGAUCAUGGCCGCAUUUGCCGGGUCGGGGCAUUUCCGCGAGGCGCUGCAGGUGAUGAGGCAGAUGGAGGUGGAGGGGGUGGCGCUGGACGCCGCCGCGCUGAGCUGCGGUGUAGCGGCUUGCAGCGGGCUGGGUGGCGUGGGAGGCCUCAGCCAGGGCCGCGCCCUUCACGCCCGCAUCCGGAGCUGUGGAUACGAGCAGUUGCCGGCGGUGGGCAACGCGCUGCUCCACAUGUACGGCAAGUGCGGACGGAUUCGUGAAGCGCGGCUCGUGUUCGACGGCAUGGAGGCGCGGGGCGUGAUUGCCUGGAAUGCGAUGCUGGGUGCUUAUGCCCAGCACGGUCAUGCGAGCGAGGCGCUGGAGUUGUUCCGGGGCAUGUCGCUGGAGAUGGAAGCGGACGAGGUGACGGUGAGCAGCGUGCUGCACGCGUGCUGCCAUGCGGGCAUGCUGGAGCGCGGCUGCUGCUGCUUCGGCUCCAUGAGCGCCGAUUACGGUGUCGCGCCCACUGCCGAGCACCUGGUGAUGGUGGUGGACCUGCUGUCUCGGGUCGGCAAGCUCCAAGACGCGGAGGAGUUGAUCGCCCACGCUUACCAGCAUCAGCUUGUGCCCGGGGCCCCGGACGAUGCGGUGUGCUGGAGGGCGUUGCUUGGGGCGUGCAGGCUCCAGGACAGCCCAGAGCGGGGCGUCCGGGCCGCCGAGAAGCUCAUGGCGCUGGAGCCGGCCGACUCAGCCGCCUAUGUGCUGCUGUCGACCAUUUACUCGAGGGCUGGGAGGCUGGAGGAGGCGGCGAGCGUCAGGAGGCGCAUGGACAUGAGAGGGGUGGUGAAGCCAGCGGGGUGGAGCGCCAUCGAGGUCAACAACAAGGUGCACGAGUUCGUGUCAGCGGACUCGUGCCCACCGGAGCUGGCCGCCACCCUCGAGGCGCUGGCGGCAGAAAUGCAGCGUGCUGGUUACGUGGCCGACGACCCUGGCCACGGCGACAAGGAGAGGCUGGGGAGCUACCACAGCGAGAAGCUGGCAAUUGCAUUCGGGAUCAGGAGCACUCCAGCCGGGACGAGCCUCCACAUUGUCAAGAACCUUCGCGUGUGCGCUGACUGUCACUCGGCCACCAAGUACAUCUCCAGGAUUGUGGGGCGGCAGAUAAUCGUGAGGGAUACGUAUCGCUUCCACACCUUUGACAAGGGGACUUGCUCCUGCCAAGACUUUUGGUAGGGUAACAACGCAGGUACGUAGUAUGGCGUUUUUCGCAAUGGCAGCAAUGCCGCCGCCUUGCAAGCUCAAGCUCAAGCCCACAACGUCCCACGCGGCCAAGGAUUUGAGCUGGCGGAAGAGCGAGCUGGCUGGCACUGGUGUGGCGGUUCCACUCGUGGUGCCAUUGCAGAGGCUUUCGUCCCUCAUCGUCCAGCCCCUGGCAAGCAGGGUGUGCGAGCUGACGGGCAAGAAGUACAACAACGCGCGCAAGAUCUCCUACUCCCACAUCCGCACCAGGAAGAAGCAGCAGCCCAACCUGCAGUACAAGCGGCUGUGGUGGGAGGCUGGGCAGAGGUUCGUCAGGCUCAGGAUUUGCACGCAGGCGCUCAAGACCAUCGACAAGAAGGGGCUGGACGCCAUGGCCAAGGAAGCGGGGAUAAACUUGCGCAAGCACCGCUAAGCUACCUAAAAAGAAGCAGUGUUAGCCUACACGUUGUUAAUGUUAAAAAGGAGCCCCAGUGCCA